AUGGAGACUAUGACUUCUGUUCCUGGGGUCAUAUUUUCCCCAAAUGAUCAAGAGCUUCUUCAAUUUUAUUUGACUAAUAAAAAUUUUAACCCUCAUUUACUCCCACUUAAUCACAUUCAACAACUUCAUUCGAUUAAUGACUUUCAUCCAGAUGAGUUAACAGCCUUAUAUCCGCCCAUCAACGAAAAUGAGUGGUACUUUUAUUAUCCCAAUAAUAAUAAUAAUAAUAAUAAUAAUAAAAAGAGGUCGACUCGAAAAGCUAAAGGUGGAACAUGGCAUGGAAAUGCAACAAAGAAGAAAAUAUUUGAUGAACAAAACAACGAAAUAGGUGUUAAAAGGACUUUGGAUUUUAAGGAUUUAAAUAAAACACUUACUUAUUGGAAAAUGACUGAGUAUCAAUUGACUCAAUCUAAUCACCCACAGCAAUGCAAUUGGAUGUUAUGCAAGAUUUAUAAAAUGAAAUCAAAGGAAUUGAAGAAUAAAAUCGAAAACGAGUAUAAAGAGCAAAACGCAAAAAGACAGAAAUUAAUGGAACCAAAUAAUGAACAAGGAUAUCAGAAGGAGGCCGUGACAGAAGAAGUAGUACGAACAGAGAAUGAGGUUGUCGCAGAAGAACAAGAGCCAACCCUUGAUGAGCCAAUCUGUCAAAAUAGGAUCGCUGCAGCGACGCAAGACAUUGAUGAGCCAAAGCCGAAACCGAAAAAGCAACCGCCAAAGAAUUCCCGUUAUGAUGUAGUAUUGAAGGGUUUUUAUGACCGACCAUCAAUUCGAAGCAAGACAACAAGAACAUUCCGCUGA